AACAAAAAAAACAGCAGCGAAACCGAGGAGAGGGGCUGGGUGAUGAUCAUUGCAGCUAACAUUUUUUGAGUUUUAACAAUCUGCCAGGGCCCACUCUGUGUUAUGGCCAUCAUUUCAUUUUAGUCAUCUGAACAACUGUGCCGCCUGCAUCUGGAACUGAGGAAACGGGCACAGAGAGGUCAGAUUUCACAGAGAUGAUGAGAGCCCUGGGAUACCCUCGACAUAUUUCUAUGGAAAAUUUCUGUACACCCAAUUUUGGACUUGUAUCUGAAGUGCUUCUCUGGCUUGUGAAAAGGUAUGAGCCCCAGACUGACAUCCCGCCUGACGUGGACACUGAACAGGACCGAGUUUUCUUCAUUAAGGCAGUUGCCCAGUUCAUGGCCACCAAGGCACAUAUAAAACUCAACACUAAGAAGCUUUAUCAAGCAGAUGGGUAUGCAGUAAAAGAACUGUUGAAGAUCACAUCUGUCCUUUAUAAUGCUAUGAAGACCAAGGGGAUGGAGAGCUCUGAAAUAGUAGAGGAAGAUGUCAACAAAUUCAAGUUUGAUCUUGGCUCAAAGGUUGCAGAUUUGAAGGCAGCCAGGCAGCUUGCGUCUGAAAUCACCUCCAAAGGAGCAUCUCUGUAUGACUUGCUCGGCAUGGAAGUAGAAUUGAGGGAAAUGAGAACAGAAGCGAUUGCCAGACCUCUGGAAAUAAAUGAGACUGAAAAAGUGAUGAGAAUUGCAAUAAAAGAGAUUUUGACACAGGUUCAGAAGACUAAAGACCUGCUCAAUAAUGUGGCCUCUGAUGAAGCUAAUUUAGAAGCCAAAAUUGAAAAGAGAAAAUUAGAACUGGAAAGAAAUCAGAAGCGACUAGAGACUCUGCAGAGUGUCAGGCCAUGUUUUAUGGAUGAGUAUGAGAAGACUGAGGAAGAAUUACAAAAGCAGUAUGACAUUUAUCUGGAGAAAUUUCAAAAUCUGACUUACCUGGAGCAGCAGCUUGAAGAGUAUCAUAGGAUGGAGCAAGAAAGGUUUGAGGAAGCUAAAAACACUCUCUGCCUGAUACAGAACAAGCUCAAGGAGGAAGAGAAGCGCCUGCUCAAGAGUGGAAGUAAUGAUGACUCGGAUGUAGACAUCCAGGAGGAUGAUGAAUCCGACAGUGAGUUGGAAGAAAGGCGGCUGCCCAAGCCGCGGACAGCCAUGGAGGUGCUCAUGCAAGGAAGACCCGGCAAACGCAUUGUGGGCACGAUGCAAGGUGGAGACUCUGAUGACAAUGAGGACUCGGAGGAGAGUGAAAUUGACAUGGAAGAUGAUGAGGAGGAGGAGGAGGAUGAUUUGGAAGAUGAGAGCAUUUCUCUGUCACCAACCAAGCCCAAUCGAAGGGUCCGGAAACCUGAACCCCUGGAUGAGAGUGACAAUGACUUCUGACCCUCUUGCCAAGGGACCCUGGCAGAUUAAAACCCUCAGACUUGUAGGUAAAUGGGAACUUAGAAGGUUAGGAAGGUAACACCUAUUUUGUUCACUAAGCUGGCUGGACUCAUGAUUACUGAAGCAAUACUUAUUUCUGCUUCAGCCUCCUAUGUUUCCAUUCCAUGAAGCUUAAAUAAGAAUUGAGGC